CGAAAUGAAAAGGAGGAAGAGCAGCAAAUAAGAAACGUGGGCAGGACUAUUGGACAUUGGCCGAGGUCACGGACUUGCCAAGAGACCACCCCAGGGACAUCUGAGACCCGUAGCCUACAAAGAAAUAGCUGCGGUUGCUUGCAUUGAACGACAAGAGACUCGACACUGUGCCUGGCUCGUCUUUGUCAUCCCUGGGACUGGAGCCAGAAUGGCGUCCACAUCGCCUGCCUUCCGCGGUGAGUUCCCUCCCCCUUUGAAGCAGAGAGUCGAUGCCGCGUCGUGGGAGGGCCGUCUUAGCAACAAGCAACCAACACGGAUAGCUGCAAAGUGAUCAAGACAAACGUCUAGGAGGCUGUAGGAUUUCAAGGAUUCGUCUUAAUUUCAACAGCACGAACGAACGGCAUUUGAAGAGGGGGAACGCAACCCCGGAAACGCCCAACUUGUCUUGCUGUUGCAGUUGCCGGAGGACUGGUAUUCGUGAAACUAUUUUCAGGGAUUUAGUUCCGGGAGAACACAGCUGCCAGAAAGAGAAGGUCUGGGUGGGGAAAGAAAAAUACUAAUGUCCGACCCCCAGAAUUUCACAGAAAUACUCAUAGGUGGUGUUCACUUUGGACCUAUUCGGAAAAUGCUACAUGAAGGACAGAUGGAAGAGCUCGUCGUCAUCGUCACUUGAUUUGUGCCUUUGCUUUUUUUCCUGUACGAUAAUAUCCGUCGAGGCCGAUCUUCAUAUGGAAGACCUCCGAUAGCCCAUGGUUUGUACAUCCAAGACGUUGCCUUUAUGGAUGAUUCUUGAUUGUAGAUAACUACCUCCUAAAGCCAAGUGACUCGAGGUUCAUGAUUUUUCAUUUUUAAACGAUUUUUGCAGAUUUUUCGUAAAUGCAUUGUUACCAGAUUGCACAGGGCGGAUGCUUUUAUAAUUACAGGAAAGAUUUUUAGGAAUACAGUUUGUACAGGAUGUUAAGCAUUUGUGUGUAUGUAUACGUACAACCUUUUGCUAAUUAGUGUUCCCUGUAACUUAGCAUCCAGUUUUGACUAAUUUUUUUGGAAACUAAUUUAUUAAAAUAAUCGCGAUCGUAAAAGGGCGAUUUUUGCCUUCUAGAUCAACUUUCAAUCGUCUGUCUUCUGUUUACACGUGACAUCCCUAAGCUCGUGGCGGAAAUUCCCAGGCGUCCGACACGCAUCGUUUAUAUUUUUAGUUCUGUUGUGGAACAGCAGUUUACACUGCCUCAUUUUGCAAGUUUUUGCAUUUUUUCAUUUGGAUCAAGGCUGACCUUAAUUAUUUUAAUUUUAAAAUAACAAGUUUUGUUUGGGAAACAUUGUUUUUAAGAGGUACGAAUCAACUUUUAUGAAUUAAGCCCACUUUUAUAGAACCUAAGCUUUAUAUGAGAAAACCUAAGAUUGAGCCUUAGUGAUUAGUCGGGUGUGUUUACACGUCAAUGCCAGAGGAUUUAUCCAGCCCUUCCAUCUUUUGGAUGACCGGCUAUUUGCAACUGUUGACUGUAAAGAAAAAUCGAAAGACGUGAGUUUUGUUUUACACUUGAAAGAAGAACCCAGUCCGUAAGUGUGAAGGGAGACACCUGCACGUGAUAAAUAAUAUUGACAACUGUGUUGGAGCUCGACAACUGCAGGACACUGUAGGAGCGAUCUCAAUACAUAUGUAGUGCCGAAGAUCUUCUUUUAAAAAGUGUCACGGUCACGACAGAUCAAACGUGCUCAUUUUGAGGAAUCGGGUUUUGUUAACUUUUGGAACGUAUUUGCUCUUUUCGAGAUGUUGACUUUACCCAUUGACCCGUAUACGGAACAGAUCGGGUAUUGCAUUUGCGAAGGUUGGACACAUCUAUUGUGACAUUUCAGUUUUAAUUAAAACAUCUGUGUCAAGGAGCUCGAUGUACAGUUCUCUUCUUUGAAGAACAUAUUGAUGUUUUAUGUUGGCAGUUGUUUACGGCGUAUACGCAGCAACUUCAGUAUCCCAUUUCAGACGUAAUCAGCUAUUUCGUGGGAUUCCUUUCUGGAUGGUCUGUCAUUUUACGUGGUACAGCCAUGAUGAUCCUCAGCAGGAAGCCGGAGGGACCGAUCACAGCGGCCCGGCAUGGGGACGGCUUGUAUGACUCCUACAUGCGAACUGACCAAGCUGACCCAAAUGGCAACAGUCCAGCAGCCCUGCCACCUCUUUCCAAGCAGACAAGUGGGAGUGGCAGCAACAAACCCACACCAAAAGAUCACAGAAUAGAUAGCCGAGGACAAUCAAAGAUGAAACAUUUACAUGAGGACACUGGCAUCCGUAAACCCAGCAGUGGCCCACAUCACAACGGUUCUUUAGGCACUGUGAAACCUGUGUCCACCUUACUUAAAGAACGAAGCAUUGAGAGCACCAGCUCUGGCAAGACAGGGGAUAGCUUGGUGAAGGCCAACAAAAUCUUGCCGCUCACUCCAGACCAAGCCUUGAAACAGUACAAGGAGCAACUGACUACUCUGGAACAGGAAGAGAUCAUCAGCUAUUCUGAGAUCUACUUUGUUGGUCCAAAUGCCAAAAAGAAACAAGCAGUACCUGGUGGAUCUAAUAAUAACGGGUUUGAUGAUGACAAUGGUUGCUACAUUCAUGUACCGCAUGAUCAUUUGGCAUACCGCUAUGAAUUCCUGAAAGUCAUUGGCAAGGGAAGUUUUGGUCAGGUAGCCAAAGUUUAUGACCACAAGCUUCACCAACACCUCGCCCUGAAAAUGGUGAGAAACGAGAAACGGUUCCAUAGGCAAGCAGCAGAGGAAAUCCGUAUUUUGGAGUAUCUAAAGAAGCAGGAUAAAACUGGUGGUCUGAAUGUGAUCCACAUGCUUGAAAAUUUUACUUUCCGCAAUCAUAUCUGCAUGACGUUUGAGCUGCUGAGUAUGAACCUGUACGAACUAAUCAAGAGGAACAAGUUCCAAGGUUUUAGCCUGCAGCUAGUCCGAAAAUUUGCCCACUCCAUAUUGCAGUGCUUGGAGGGUUUGCAUCGUAACAAGAUAAUUCAUUGUGACCUAAAACCAGAAAACAUCCUGCUUAAACAGCAAGGCCGCAGUGGCAUCAAAGUUAUUGACUUUGGGUCCAGCUGUUUUGAGCACCAGCGGGUCUACACAUACAUUCAGUCCCGUUUUUACAGAGCACCAGAAGUCAUUCUUGGCUCCCGCUAUGGUAUGCCUAUAGACAUGUGGAGCUUUGGUUGUAUUUUGGCAGAACUGCUGACUGGAUCCCCACUGUUCCCAGGGGAAGAUGAGGCAGACCAGCUGGCUUGCAUGAUGGAAAUUCUUGGCAUGCCACCCCAAAAGCUCCUGGAGCAGUCAAAGAGGGCCAAGAAUUUUAUCAAUUCCAAGGGACACCCACGCUACUGCAUCACCAGCACCCUGGCUAACGGCACUGUGGUACUCAGUGGCAGCAGAUCCCGCAGAGGGAAAAUGCGAGGACCGCCAAACAGCAAAGACUGGGUGAUGGCCCUCAAAGGUUGUGAUGACCCCACAUUCAUAGACUUUCUGAAAAAAUGUUUGGACUGGGAUCCUAGCACACGGAUAUCCCCCAACCAGGCUCUACGACACCCCUGGCUUUAUAAGCGACUGCCUAAACCAGUCACUAGCACAACUGAGAAGACUUCAUUAACUAAGCGAAUUACAGACAAUAGCACUUCUUUCCCAGGGAUCCUUUCCAAACUGCCCCCUACAAUUGGUGAAGCCAAUAACAAACUUAGGACCAAUAUGAUGGGAGAAGCAAGGGGUAGCAUCCCCUUGCGCACGGUGCUGCCCAAGCUUGUCACCUAGGUGGAUAACCAAUGAGAAUUAUGUAGGAAAUGGUACAUGACAAUUUUUUUAACGAUUUCAAGAUUGUUUUGCACUAUGUUAUUUCUUCAAAUUUAGCCAAGGCAUGCACAUUUUUGUGCAGUAGUGGUGCACUCGUUUUUUUGUUUUUUUUUACAUUAACCACUAUUGGUGAGAUGUAAUAUCUUCAGAAUCUGAAUUUUAGGGGUGCAUUUAGCACAUUUUUAUCUAUUGUGUUUUUAAUAGAAUCUGUGUUUUCCUUUUUUUUAAAAAAUAGGGCUAAAAUAUUGAAUAAUGGAAGUGCAGACUGGACGUGCAAGUUUGGGAUUAGACUUGAACACAAAGGGCUACUCCACAUUUUUUUUUUUUAAAUUUCACAUGGCACAGUACAUUAAAUAGUCAUCCUUAAAAGAGCUAAGAAGGUUGAUGAUUAUUUUAUUGGCUUAUUCCAGUUGUUUUGCAAGAUCCAGCUGUUUUUAUUUUUAGAUUGGCAAGGCCAUCCAGUGGAUCAUUUUAGCACCUUCAGCCACAGGGGACCAUUUUGGUGGUUGAGUCAACAAACCCAUUUAAUGGGUUUAACUAGAAAGCAGCCAAGCUCAUCACCUGUCAACGUUGAUCACCAUCAGCCCUAAUAAUGCUCUAAGGAGACCAUACGAAGAAGGACUGUCUUGCUAGCUUGAAUACAGCAGUAAAUUGGAAAGCGUGUUUCAGAAACAAGUCAUCAGGUCAUUCAGCAUGAGAUGGUUCUCUUAAUUGAAAUAGGAUUUGUCAAAAGGAUUUUUCGCCUUUGUUUUAGCUGGUUUGUAACAUUUCUGCUGAAUGUGCACUGAAGGGUGCUACUAAGAUUUACCCUCUGAACAGUCUCAUGCCCUUGUGGGGUUCUUACACGUAGGCCUGGUGCUACUUACAAGAGGAGCUGCUUUGUUAUAAGCAGUUCUGUUGCGUGUAUCUGCCAUUUUCUACAUGCUCGUGCUAUUUUUUUCUCUGAAGAUUGGAGGUGAAAAGUGAUUCCUUUUCAUGGACUAUUUGUUCUAAAUUUGCAAAAUCCUGCUAGUGGGCUUUACUAUCAAGAAUACUGGUGUGAAACAGCACAUGUCUUAGUUAACCAACACUCAAUCAAUAUUCUGUAUUUUUCAACACGAAACAGGGCCCUUCUUGGCCUGUCUGUUUUCCAAGGCUGACACUGCCUAUUGAAUACUGAGUGGAAGAAAAAAAUCUUUUUAAUUUUAGCAGGAAAAAUAUAACUAAAAUGUACAAUAUUACUGUUAAAUGUGCAUUAAAUCAGUCUGUGCAUCAACCCAAAACGUCUGUCCCCUGUUACAAACACAAUCAGUGAACUGCAUUGCCAUCGGUCAACUAUGUCAACUACAAACAGACACAUACCAAAGCAGUAACGUUCACUGGGUCUUUGCCUGGUUAUAUUGAGACACCAGUGUAGUCCUGAGGGCAGCCGUCAGUGCCUCCUCAGUACACGCAAUCCAUAAUAAUAUUCCCACGGAGACUUGUAUAACUUGAGCAGUGCGUGAAACAGAAUACAAAAAACAUGCAAUCAGUUUUGAGUACCCAUUAAAAUGAUUGCACUAAAAACAAAUGUCACGUUGAAAUGUAUUAUUUAUUGAGUUUCAGACACGAGUGCACAAUUAUCCGGAAUGCAUUCUUCAUUUGAAAAUUCUAUUAAUAAUUUACUUUCUUUCCCUCCUACUGACUUCACAUGGAAUACUACAUGCGUUGUUUAACAGUGGAAAACGGCACAUUGCAGAAAGCAGCGGAUGCUUUUAAUUAGUUAUUAAUGGGAAUUUCAUUUUAAUGGAGACUGACUGAAUGUAAAGCAGUCUACAUGAUUGUACGGUUUGCCCAUUUGACAAAUUACUACAUGAUUUUUUUUUUUUACUAAAUAUAAUUUGUUGCUUAAAAAUCGAGAGAAGGUCAGUUUUAAAAUGUUAACAGUGCAACUUUUGGAUUAAUAUUUAACUGUUUAACUAUUUAACUUGAACUUAAAAUCAACAGUAACCCCUCACUUAAUGGACAGUAGCAGAUAUAUAAAGGUUUAAGUAAUGACCCUUAAUUUCUGUGUUAAUGUUGAUUUUUAGGGAAAUAUCUGAAUGUUAAUAACUUCAUACCGUGUGUGUGCGCAUAUAUAAUUUAAGAGGGCGAGUCAAAUGAAAACCUUAAAUAUUUAUUUUUUCAUAAUUUAUUGUUGCAAAGGUGUCAUAUUUUCUACAUAAACUACCUGACGUUCAAUACAAGUCCUCCAGUGCUUACAAAGUGCAUGGAUUCUUCUUUAAAAAUUAUUUGGUCAUGUGUGCAGCCACUCUUCAUCUGAAUCAAAAGUCUUUACACCCAUCACCUCUUUGAGUGAUCCAAAGUUGUGGUAAUCAGUGGGGACUAGGUAUGGCGAGUAUGGAGGAUUUGGAACACAUUCUUAAGUGUAUGUCCUCAAUGGUUGCAACCAUUGUACUUACAAUAUGGGACUGAGUAUUGUCAUGUUACCAUCUUUAUGCCACUACUAUGAUACCAUGUAGCUCGUCUGCACUGUGCUGCCACCUGCUGGACACUCCUAAUGUCAUUGCUAACGAUGUUGCCAAUUUACAUAGCAAUAGUAUGGUGUUAAGAAUUUUUAUCAAAAUAUGAAUGUUUUCAUUUGACUCACCCUUGUAUAUAAAUUCACAGAUACAGUGCAACAUAAUGUACAAGGCAAAUAUAAAAUCAGUCAGAAAUAAUAGACAUUGGAAGAAAAAACCUAUAAAGUUAGAAUUAGGUGGGAAAUUUUAUCUCGGCAGUGGCUUUAAAGCCACUGGUGACUCUUCUCCUUCGAACUCAGUAGACGGAAUGGGAAAGGGGGGGGGGGUCAUGUGGUCACUAGAAAGGGGUGAGUGGCACUCCUGAUAUCUCUGCAAAAGGACGAAGAUCCAAGUCUUUAGAGUCCUGAUGCUCCCUGUUUUGCUAUAUGGUCGCGGGACAUGGACGCUCUCCAGUAACCUGAGAUGAAGACUGGACACCUUUGGUACUGUGUCUCUUCGGAGACUCCUUGGGUACCUCUGCUUUGACUAUGUGACAUACGAGUGGUUGCUCACAGAGUCCCAAAUGAGGCACAUUACCUGCAUUGUGAGGAGUAGUGCGAAUCCUCGAGGGUGAUCCAGCAUGCAGGGUCUUCAUUGCUGAAGACCCUAGUGGUUGCACCAGGCCAAGGGGAUGCCCAAGUUCCACUUGGCUGUGGCAGAUAGAUGGUCAUUUUCAGAGGGAGGGACUGGACUGUCUGCCUGUGGGGUUGCCAACCAGCAUCCCGAUCUGUUGUUGUGAGGUGGGUGUGGCAACGUGCUGCACCAGUCCAUGCUACCUGCUGAUGUGAACAUAUUCUUUAUUCAUACACGUUUUAAACAUCUCUCUGGGGGGAAAUCUGCUUUAUGUCCUCCAUUAGGCCCUCAUCUGUUGUGGACCACAAACAAGGCAAUCUUUGAGACAUGUAGGCAGUAAACAGUGGAAAACUUGCAGACUCCACACAGGACACAUUGCUAACUAAAUUUUUUCCCUUUGUGCUUCUGUCAUAUUCGUGGUGUCUUGCAUACAUUUUAGAAAAAGUAAAAAGAAAAUUUAAACAUGUUUUCAAACAACUGGUACAUGAGGAUCCAGCACAAACUACUGAUCAUUUAAAAGCAGCAACAGGUCUCCAGUAUUACAAUUCAGGUUGUGUAUUCUUUGAGAAACAAGUGGAAAUCACUUGACUGUUGCCAACUGACAGCGUCUUGUCUCCAAAGUUUAAGUGGAAGUGUGGGGAGAAGCUUACAAUGGAUUGUGUGACCUGUAGGGCUUUCUCAGAUGCCAUUUGUAGGUAUACGGUAUGUGAUGCCGCCGGCAUGGCAUCCUCAGUAUGUACAGAAUAAGGCACUACUUGAUCUGACCUCAUUUGCAGAUGUACUCUGAUGUUAGAAUAGAUAUACCAAAGAUUUGCACUCAUUUUAGGUCAACAUUCCACUGUUCUUACAGAGUGGAGUUAUACAAUGAAAAGCACCUGGGACAUUUUGUGUUCUGCAUAGGUGGGGAUUUACAGCAAUGACGUUUAUUUGUAUAGCAUAUGAUCAUAAAAACAAUGUCCCUCAAAGUGCUUUCUUUACAAGCUGCUAAAGAGUUCGUAGUGAAAGAGUUAUUUGGGAGCACUCCAUGGAAAUCUAUUCAGCUGUGUUUGGAUUGUUAAAAUUAAAAGUGAGUGUUGAUAGUUGAGCCCACUAGGUGUGAGUGCCUGCAGCAGUAGAUGGGAUAGUCUGUAAUGAAAUGGGUUUAAGGGUCAGUGUGGUUUUUAUUAACCUGAAUAAACAGUUUUCACUUUACAUUUUAUCAAUUUGUGAUGUUGUUCUGGUAUCAACAUUAUGGAAGACAAUAUAUGCCCCAUGGGGACAGCUCUAAAGGGGUGUUUUGGUUUUUUUUAAAUGAUAUUUCCAAAUCUUCAUCAACAGCCUACUGCAAACCUAAUAAUUCUUUGCAUUUAUAUAGCGCUUUUCUCACUACUCGAAGCGCUCAGCAAUUGCAGGUUAAGGGCCUUGCUCAAGGGCCCAACAGAGCAGAGUCCCUAUUGGCAUUUACGGGAUUCAAACCGGCAACCUUCCUAGUCUGACUGAAAAUUUAAAAUUGUCAGAAUCGCUCAGCACAGGCUCUUAUUACAAGUCUGAUCGUUAAACUUAAGAUUUACGGCAUCACCUGCCUGACAUGGAUGCUCAAGGUUUAUCUAUCAGUUUUAGAGCAUCCUCAGUGUCUCCAACUGAGAGCGUUCUGGCCUCCUAAUUUAUUUAUACAUUUGUGGGAAGUGAAGUGUUCUUUUGUUAUUUUUAUAUUUCAUUCAUUGCUCCACCCUGUUUUCUCACACAUUUGGUUUGCCAGGUCUUUGGAAUGGCCGUUAACAUGCCCAGUGAUGUGAAGUGACAAACUGAACACAAGUGCCAUGUCGGCAUGAGGAAUACAGAAUGCGAGUCAGAUGGCAACACUUUCUUAAGCCACAGUUCUGUGCCUUCAAAAUCACCACAGAUGUUAAACUAGCCUCCGCACUGGCCCUCUUUUGUGUGUUCAGGGUGCACAACUUUUUUCUAUUUCAUUUUAUACACCUAAUAGGAAUUUUCUAAUUGCAAACACUACAGUACUUUAUAAUAAAAUCAAUGUACUGUAAUUUUUUAUUGUUGCAAAAAGAUACUUUGAACAGGUUGGUGAAUUUUAAUAGCAUGUAAAUUGUGUGUAUGUGUGUGUUAUGGGGAGCAAGUGGGGAUUGCUACUCUGGAAAGGAGCAAUAUCUGUCAAAAUUGUAAAGUAACGAAACAAGCUUGUGCUCAUUUAUUCAGGUUUUCAGGAUGAUCAUUCUCAUUAUUACCUAAUUUUACCAACUUUUAUCUUGUUGUAUAUUUCUGUUUUUAUUGAGUUGAAAUAAAAUAUAAAUA